UCCACAAGAAAAUUCUGAAGGGUAUUAUCGUCAUUUCAUUCUUCCUCCUAAACUUUAUUAUAUUCAAGUCCUUCCCGGUGCCUUCGUCUUCGUCUUCGUCUUCGUCUUGGCUUUUUUAUCUUUCCCUUCGCUCACUCUCUUUCGAUCUCAUCCCUCGUCGUCUUCGUCUGAUUCUUCUUCUCCUUCCUCAUAAAAUUCCAAACCAAAAAAUAAUUUCCAGGAAACUCACGAAUCGCCGUACUUUUAUGUUUUUAUUGUAUUGGACUACGUAAAUUUAUAACUUUUUGGUUUUCGAAUUCGAAUUCUCCAGAAAUGGUCGGCGUUUUGGGUAAUAAUAGUGCUUAGGGGAUUUUCAUUUUAAUGGUCAGGACCAUAGGGAUUGAGGAAUUUGAUCGAGUGGAGGAGAAGCAACGGUUGUGGUGAUCACAGGGUUGAGGGGAAAGAGAAUAAAAGUGAAGAGAAGGGAAGUAGAGGUGGUGAGGUUGUGAAAUUUGAUUACUAUGGAUUGCAGGGUUCUAGUACCGGGUGGGGACCCGUGGGUUCGGGGUCAGAUUGGAGGAGGGUUGAGCCAUGAAAGCGAACACGACCUGGCUUUAAUGGUUAGCGAUUUUUGGGAGAACGGGAGCUGUGGUACCGAGUCUUGGUGUAGUAGUGAUAGCGAAUCCGGUCUCUCUGAUCUCGCUCACCUCGCUGAGAAAAUUCCUCGGUGUAAGCAUCCAUUGGCGCAGUUUGAAAUUGAGACGCUUUCGGUGGUUCAUUCGCUUAUCUUAUCAAUCAAUAAGACGGAGCUUCACGCGGUCAAGUCAGGACCAUGUAACGCUAGCUGCAUAAGGUUCACUCUUGUCAAACUUUUGAGGCUUUCUGGGUAUGACGCAGCGGUUUGCCAAUCGAAAUGGCAAGGCACCGGAAAGGUUCCAGGAGGGGACCAUGAAUACAUUGAUGUGAUCAACCACAACCAUGGUGGUAGCUCGGAGCGUUUGAUCAUUGACAUUGAUUUCCGAAGCCAUUUUGAAAUAGCUAGAGCUGUUGAUUCAUAUGACAGAAUAUUGAAUUCCCUGCCGGUUGUUUAUGUGGGGUCAUUAACUAGGCUGAAGCAGUUUCUGCAAGUUAUGGCCGAGGCUGCGAGAUUCUCCCUUAAGCAGAAUUCAAUGCCUCUUCCGCCAUGGAGAUCACUUGAUUACUUGAAAUCGAAAUGGGAAUCCCCUUACCAAAGACAAGGAUACCCGGAUAUGCAAAACUUGAGGAGUGCCAACCCGUUUGACCACAAGCAAUGCCGUGGCCAUUUAAAAAGGCUGCAGUCUCUCCUUAAAACCGAAAUUGAAACCGAGCGGCUUUUGAAGCCAAUGAACAACAACGACAACAGUUGGAGAAUUAAGCCCGAGAGACGGAGGCCCUAUCUUUACUAAAAGUUCUUUGAGAUGCAUAGGUUUUAGCCCGGCCUUUUGAGUCUGAAAACUAGUGAAGACUGAAGAGUUUGUAUUGUGAGAAAUUUGUAAUGCGGCUUACUAAGAUUUUCCCCCUCUCCACAGCGGAUACUAAAAUAAGUGAACCAGAAUGAAAAGCAGGUUCGCAUGCCCAAUUCCAAUAGGCAAUGACGGUGAGAGAAAUAUAUAUAAACACACAUAAUAUAUAUUCUUUUCAUAAAGUUUUCUGUUUCCAUGUGUUGCACUGGCAUUAUUUGGCUUUGGAACAUUUGCGGAUUUGCUUCUUGCAGUUUCAACAGCCGAAUGAGUUGCUAUCUUUGUUUGGUGCAUCUAUCUUCUAUAGAUCCUUACAUAUUUUUGUAUUGGAAAAAUCCUCCUAUAUGUAUUACUAUUCCUUGUCCCUGAAUUUUUGUGGGCAAGGGAAAUUUUGCUCCUGCAUCUUAUAUUAUUUUUCACAUUGUAAUUUAUUCAUUUAAUUUAUUAAUAAUAUGUAUCUCUCCCAUUUUCCUAA